AUUUGUUUCCCCCCCCUUUUUUUUUCCUCUUUCUGUUUUGGAAUAACAUUUUAUAACUACAAUGUCUAAUCCUUUGCGUAUUUUUGUACCUGUUAAGCGUGUUGUUGAUUACGCUGUCAAGGUUCGUGUCAAUGCCGCAAAGACCGAUGUUGAUCGUAAUGUAAAGCACAGUAUGAACCCUUUUGAUGAAAUUGCUGUUGAGGAGGCUGUUCGUAUUAAGGAAAAGGCACCCAAGACAGAAAUUGUUGCUAUUUCAGUUGGUACAACCAAGUCUCAAGAGACUUUAAGAACUGCUUUGGCUAUGGGUGCUGACCGUGCUGUUUUUGUUGAAGUGAAGGAUGAUAGCACCCUUCAACCUUUGGCUGUUGCCAAGUUGCUCAAGGCAUAUGCUGACAAGGAGGCUGAUAAGCCUGAUCUUUUCAUUUUGGGUAAACAAGCUAUUGAUGAUGAUGCUAACCAAACUGGACAAAUGCUUGCUGGUUUAUUAAAGUGGCCUCAAACCACUUUCGCCUCCAAGGUUGAGAUCAAUGGUCAAGUACUCAAGGUUAUCCGUGAAAUUGAUGGUGGUCUUGAAACUAUUUCUACCAAGUUACCUGCUAUUAUCACCACUGAUUUACGUCUUAACGAACCUCGUUAUGCUUCUCUUCCCAACAUUAUGAAGGCCAAGAAGAAGCCUUUGAUCAAGUUGACACCUGAGGAUCUCGGUGUUGAUAUUACGCCUCGUAUCCAAACAUUGAAGGUUGAGGAACCCGCUAAGCGUGUUGGUGGACGUAAGGUUGAGAGUGUUGAUGAAUUGAUUGACAAGUUGCGCAACGAAGCCAAGGUCUUGUAAGAAGUAUAUAUAUAUAAAAAAAAAGACUACAAUAGAGACACCCUUUCCCUCCUGUAUUACUAUAGUGUUUAUCCACUUAAUUUUUUUUCUUUUCUUUUUUUGGGGUGCUGAUUUAGUGAAUAAAUGAAUUGCCCAUUUACGGAAAGUGUAAGGUCGUAUUUUACUGUUUAUUAGCAUCCAAUUGGCUCUCAC